ACCAUGUGUUUUCACUUCGAUGCAUUUUCUAGGAAUUAGAAUAUCAGAGGACAUUUUUACGUCGACAGAGUACACUAGUUUGUGCCAGCAUUCUUCUCUCGUUUGCCGACUUCUCAACGAUCUCAAGACUUUUAAGAAGGAACACGAAGAAGGGGCGCUAAACAGUGUGAAUGUGCAAACAGUUAACGGAGGCAUUUCAGAAGAGGAUGCGAUUUUGAAAAUCGAAGAAAUUAUCGAGUACAAUCGGAGAAAAGUGCUGCAAAUGGUUUAUAAAAGAAAAGGAAGUAUUGUUCCAAGAGAAUGUAAAGAAUUAUUUUGGAAGACAUGCAAGAUUGCUCAUUGCUUAUACUCCCACCAAGGUGGAGACGAAUACUCGUCCCCUAUCGACAUCGCUAACGAUAUUAAUGGCUUGAUUUCCGAGCCCCUUUGAGCUGU